GGCCUCUGGUGACAUUUUCUCCGGGCGGCGCGGACGAGUGAAGGGACUUGGUGGUGGAGGCUGCGGAGGCGGCGAGAUUCUCUUUGGCCCCGGCAGGGCUCUGGCCACUGCCCUCUGUUCGCCGCCGGGGCUUGUGCCGAGAAGGUGAAGGCGGCGGUGGCCGUCGCAUUCCGAGUCGCCGAGGCCCGGAGGGACCCGGGGGGUCGGUGCGUGCCCCGACGGGGCGCGCGGAGCGGGCGAGGAGGUGCGGAGCCGCCGCGGGGCGCAGGUUGGUUUCCUGUUGCAUCAUUGAUAUAGCUUCCUAGACUCUGCUCCAUGAUUUAAGUCAAAAGUCUGAAAUGAAGAUGGAGGAGGCAGUGGGAAAAGUUGAAGAACUCAUUGAGUCUGAAGUCCCACCCAAAACUUCUCAACAGGAGACAGCUAAGGAGGAAGAUGGAUCUGUAGAACUGGAAUCUCAAGUUCAGAAAGAUGGUGUGGUGGAUUCUGCAGUGCUUUCUUCAAUGCCCUGCUUGUUGAUGGAACUGAGAAGGGACUCUUCUGAGUCUCAGUUAGCAUCCACAGAGAGUGACAAGCCAACAACUGGCCGAGUUUAUGAGAGUGACUCCUCUAACCACUGCAUGCUUUCCCCUUCCUCUAGUGGUCACCUGGCCGAUUCAGAUACAUUGUCUUCUGCAGAGGAGAAUGAACCCUCCCAGGCAGAAACAGCGGUGGAAGGAGACCCUUCCGGAGUGUCUGGUGCCACAGUUGGGCGCAAGUCUCGCCGGUCCCGAUCUGAAAGUGAAACAUCCACCAUGGCUGCCAAGAAAAACCGGCAAUCCAGUGAUAAACAGAAUGGCCGAGUUGCCAAGGUUAAAGGUCAUCGGAGCCAAAAGCACAAGGAGAGAAUCAGGCUACUGAGGCAGAAACGAGAGGCUGCUGCACGGAAGAAAUAUAACCUGUUGCAGGACAGUAGUACCAGUGAUAGUGACCUGACUUGUGACUCAAGCACAAGCUCAUCAGAUGAUGAUGAAGAGGUUUCAGGGAGCAGCAAGACAAUCACUGCAGAGAUACCAGAUGGACCUCCAGUUGUAGCUCAUUAUGAUUUGUCUGACACCAGCUCUGAGCCAGAAGUGGUAAAUGUGGACAAUUUACUGGCGGCUGCAGUAGUUCAAGAGCACAGUAAUUCUGUAGGAGGCCAGGACACAGGAGCUACCUGGAGGACCAGCGGGCUUCUAGAGGAGCUGAAUGCAGAGGCAGGUCAUUUGGAUCCAGGAUUCCUAGCAAGUGACAAAACACCUGCUGGCAAUGCACCACUCAAUGAAGAAAUUAAUAUUGCCUCUUCAGAUAGUGAAGUAGAGAUUGUGGGAGUUCAGGAACAUGCAAGGUCUAGGGUUGCAGUUAUGAAGUAUUGAUGGGCUUCUGGCAGGGUUAUCGCUUGGAAGAAGGUUUUAGGUGUGUCCAUCCUCGAGGAGGUGUGAUUCAGAGUGUUUCUUCAUGGAAGCAUGGCUCUGGCACACAGUAUGUUAGCACCCGGCAAACACAGUCAUGGACUGCUGUGACUCCCCAGCAGACUUGGGCUUCGCCUGCAGAAGUUGUUGACCUUACAUUGGAUGAGGAUAGUAGACGUAAAUACCUACUGUAAUACAAUGUCACUGUGUUUCCUGCACUGUUCCCUUCAAUUUCCUCCUCCUCCUCUUUGUGACAUGGAAGUUCAUUGUCAUAGCUUCAGCCUCAGAAGCUGUUUGUGGCAUUGUAUAACUCAUGGAAAAUUGCCCCCCCCCCCUUUUUUAAAUUAAAAGAAGUCACUUAGGAAAAUAACUUAUCACAGAGAAAAGAAUUUUUCUUCUUUCCUUCAGUAGGAAUAUGAGAAUGAUGAAUGUUAUUAGACAACUUCAUUUUAUUUGGUGACUUUCAAUCUUAGGAAACUCUACCUUCUGUUUAGAAUAAUAUUCUAAUUACCAGGUGAAAUGGAUUUCAGUUUUCGAAUCUUGUAUUUAUUUUUCUGUGUGAUAAGAUUAAUAUCUAGACUUGACCACUGUCAGCCCACCCAUUGGCACUCCCACCUUAGGGCGUUUGCACACAUAUUAGUCGGGUCCUUACUGGUACCUCGUAGGGCAUGUGCAUUGAAAACCUGUCCUUAAAAAUAGAAGACAGAAGUGUUACUUUGCUUUUAGCUUAAGUCUUCUGCCUUCUUUCCUGACUUUGCUCCUGGCUGACUUCCUACAACACAAAUAAUUGAUAUGCCCCUUUGUGUUUAUAAAUACUGCUAAGGUGAGUUAGUUGAUUUCCUUGUUGCAAUAAUUCAUAACUUUGGAAAACAUCUCCUUUUGGGGCAGAGGCAUUUCAGAUAGAUACCCACCAUGAGGUUUGGGCAUCUGAAGGGAGUAUUAAGAGAUUCCCCCCCUCCCCCCGGUUUAUUCAUAUAAUGGGAGAACAUAGAACCUGCUACGUAGGUAGAAUAUGAAAAGUUAUGUGGCUUCUAAGGCUCUGACACUUACAGAUCUGAGAGGACAGUGCCUUCUUUCAUAGCCAGUUUCUCUAUAAAGGCUGUACAACAACUGUUUGACACUUGAGCUGACGUCCUGAUGCUAUAUUUGGGUAUUUUUCUCCUCUGCCUUCUAAAAGUGGAAAAAUCAAAAUACACCAUAAGAAAUGUGACGCAAGCACAUUAAUGGCACUGUAAGUUUUACAGCAUCUAACCGGAAUAACAAGGGGUAGUAGGAGCUUCAGGGAAUUCAGGAAAUGCCAGUGUUGGAGUUUUGUGGCAUUAGCUACUACCUUUUUUCCUAUAACGUUGUAGUUACUGGUGAAUUAUUUUACAAGCAAUACCUAGAGUUAGAAACACUAUGUACUGUGCACAGGGAGGAGUGAAGUAAUACUGGCUUAGAAGACCUCACUUUUUGUUUAUUCACAGUUUAUUUGCUUUUUUAAUGUUUUCGUUCCAUUUUUACUGUAUAAUGUGGCUGUAGUCCUUUGCCUCCCUCCCCAAAUGCCUUGGGGGCUCUUCCGUAGCGUAAGAGCAUGAGAACUACCAUUUUCAGUUUCCAUUCAGCUGACACGCAUAUACCAAGUGCCUGUUGUGCAAAAGGCACUGUGUGAGGUGGCACUGUGGGGCUGCUGAAGUGAAAGAGACACCCCCCGCGUGCGCCUGUGUCAGAGUCUGCCUGGCUCCACCUGCCUGGCCUUUUCUGCUGUGUUUUGUAAAAACUUUUUUAUUCCUUUCCCCUUCUUCCUGCUGCUUUCAUUUGUCCGUACACCUCUUCCAUGGGAGUGUAUUUAAGCUUGUGUUCUUUGACCUUCUCUGAUAACAUCUCAUGUGAUCUGGCCUCUGUUCUUCAUCAACUUUUCAUUUUUCUAUCAAUCUACAUUUAAUAGACCAGUCUUUUUAAAUGAUCAUGAACUCCAGUUUUAGCACCUCAUACCAAGCCUUUCACACAGCCACAAUUCUAGAGAAAAACCAAAGACCUAGAGGCCAGAGCAAAAUAGGACCUUCUGCAGAUUCACUACUGGUGUAUCCUUGGACCUUCACAUUUUACUUUAGGAUUAAUUUAUUGAAUUUUACUGUUACAUGUUGUUUUUGACUUGAAUUAAAAUGCUAGACAAAGCAGAAAUGUACAAUUUCUGGUCUGUGUUUUCCAGGAAAAUCAUUGGGAAAAAAAUAGAGUGGAUUAUAUGACUUGAAGUUUUUUGCAGCUUAUUUUCCCCCCAGUAUCAGGGCAGAGUCCCAUUUUAAAGAACAUUUUUGCAUUACCUAUACUUUUUUUUUUCCCCAGGGCUGCACCUGUGGCAUAUGGACAUCCCCAGCUCCUGAAUUGGAGCUGCAGCUGCUGGCCUACGCCAGAACCACAGCAACACAGGAUCUGAGCCUCGUCUGUGACCUGUACCACAGCUCAUGGCAACACCGGAUCCUUAACCCACUGAGCGAGGCCAGGGAUUGAACCUGCAUCCUCAUGGAUACUAGUCAGGUUUUUAAGCCUCUGAGCCACAACAGGGAUUCCCGCAUUACCUGUUCUUAUGAUAACGAUUUGUUUUGUUUUGUCCAAUUCCACAUAGCAGGUGAUUUCCAGGACAAUUUUCUUUAGGUCCCUAAUAGUCCUCCUCUAAAGAGAAUUCUUUUGGUGUGCUGUGUGCACUGUGGAUUGGGAGCAAAGGGUGAAGUUGUAACGAAGCUCUUUUCUGGCCUUUCGCUUUUACAUUGGGUUCCAUAUACAUACACUUGGCCCUCAUCUGUCCCUUUUCCAGCACCUUGACUACCUGGCUUGAUGCACCAGAACAAAAAUUAAGAUGCAAAAAGCAAGGAGGGGAAGGGAUGCUAGAAAGUCAGCUUUUUUCUCCCUACUAGGUUGGGACUUUUCCACUUACUAACUAUAGAGAGACUAUGUUUCAAUUCUUUUUUCGUUGCCAGAUCCAGGAGAGUCAGGCUAUGAUUGCUGGCAAGAUAUUAAAGAUAAAAUUGUCUGAAAUUCUGUGACAUUUAAAAUUUCUUUUAAGGGGGUCUUUUUAAACCAGAGUUUUACAUUUGGUAGCACAAAUUCUUCUUUAUGCUUCACAGUCUCUUCAAAGUGAUAUCUCUGCUAAAAUGGUACACUUGGGUCACAGAUAGUUUUAUGGCACUAACUUGGUUAAGUGCCCCCCUCCCCAAUUUGAAACCAUGGAGUAGUAAAUUAGCUAUUGCAUCACCUGGACUGCCCUGUAACAUGUGAUUACUGUUUGCCAGUAGUUGUCUUUUCAUUUUGAUGGAAGGGGCCAGACUGAAUGGACGCCAUUAAAAUUGAGCAUCCCAUCAGCUCUGCUUUUAUUAUUAUCAAUUGUGAAUAUGAACUGUCUAAUUUGCAAGUUUAGUCAGUUACUUUUAGCAGAUUAGCACCGUAUAGGUAACUUAAAAAUGAAUUUGUUGCCUGCUUUUUAUACUGUGUCACAAGGUUUUUGAAAAAGCUGGGGACACAAUUUUAUCUUUUAGUUUAAACUUUUUUUUUUUAAGGCAAAGAGCCCUAAUCCCUGUUUUUCAGUAUGUGUGUGAUGUGACUUCCAUGUAUAUAUAAAAAUGAUUGCGCCCUAACCAAACUUCCUCAGAUUGUGCACUGUUUGUUUAAAAUAAUCACGUAUUUUAGUCCAAUGCUGUUGUAUUUUUUCAUUUUAUUUAAAACACUACGUACUUCUAAUUCUUUUAACAAAUUUUAAAGGGUAGUGAUCUUAAAAAAAAAAUCACUGGAUAACUAGGAAAUAUUUUUGUUGUUGUUUUGUUUUUUAAAGAGUACAAAGGUCAUUUUGAAGCCUUUUGCUCCUCUUACCGUGAAGAAUGAAAUGUUAGCCAUUGUAUGGCUAGGAACCAAUGCACUUGGUGGUUAACAGAUCUGCUGUUGCUGGAGUGUGAGCGUGGACUUGAUGCAGUGACGACAAAUCAUUGCUUAGAAUUGAUGUUUUAAAAUGUGCAACUCUAGUUUUUAAAACAAAAUUUGGUUCUUCUUUACGUUCAUUAUUUAGUUUUUGUUUCCAUUUAGUAUUUAAUGGUCUUUGGAGAAAAAAAAUAAUAAAACAGAGUGUUAUAUAUAUAUUUUUUGGUGCAAGAUAAGAUUUUCUGUUUUUUUUUUGAAAUAAGUCUGUAGCAUAAAGGUUAAACUAUUUUAAGACAAAAUAAAAUAGAGUGUAUUUAAACAAUGAUAAUUUCUGAGGAUUUUUUUUUUCUAUCUGCUUCAGUUAAUUAGAUGGUGCCUGGAGCAGCUCUCAAGUUAGCUUUUGAAUGUUAAAGUGAAUUAUAUUUUGUUAACAGAUCUUAUUGUUACAUGUUGCCCUGACUUUUCCAAGCAACAGCUGUAUCCUACUCCUAGAAUAUUUUGCAAGUGGGCUUUGGCUUAUUAGAUCUAGAUAAAAAUAGCUUUGCAUGAGCUUUCCUUAGCCCCCACCCCCCAUCCAGUUAGGACCAGUGAGAUUUCAGAGAAAGCUGAAGACUCCCUAGUGCUAGGCCUCUUUGCUCCUGGGAACAAAGCUCAGCUGACAGUUACUUCCCAGAGACCAGCGUGCCAGGGUGAUGCUGUGACUACAUGCACUUUGCUCAUGGUUGAAGCAAAUACAGGAUGUUUCAAAAAUAGCCUAAAUAAAUUUCCUCCUAAUGUGGUUCUAUUUUCAGGUUUUUUAUUUGGUUAUCAAAAUGGUAGGAACCACCACAUUAACAUCUUAAGACUUUUGUAACUUAGCUUCACAUAAAGGAGACUGGGGAACUCAGGAGAGUAAGGCUUGUGUUUAUUAAAAUAUCCAUAUUCAUCAGAUUUUUAGUUUUGCUUACACAGGAAAGAGAUGUGUUAACAAUUAGAAAAUAUACUUUAACAGUUAGAAAAUGUCUUCGGUUUUUCGAAAUGGUUCUCUUAUACUACCCUGUAUCUGAGACCUAGACAUAUUAGUGCCUAUGAGAAACUUCUUUUCUUGGGCUCUAGAAGAAGAUUGUUUACCUUUGGCCCCUUUUGCCUUGGAUGCUGCUUUUGAAGACUAGUCAAGGCAUGAGUAAGUAAAAUCAUCUGUGACUAGUACUUAAUCCUACUCUGGCUUUCUCUUUACUCUGCUGGCUUUUGGCUUUGCUUUCCCAUAUUUGUAUAUUUUUCACAGUAGAUGACAGCUAUUUAUAUCUUUAGUCCAAACAGAAAAAUUACAUAACCUUUACCAAAUAUAUAAAUAUUUCUUCAGUUCCAAUUUUGCAACUGUGAAAUAAGGUGAAUUUCCUCUAGGUUUUGUUUGAACCAUAUUACUGAUCUGUGAAGGAGUGAGCCUCCUAGAUCCCUGGUAGGUAUGAUUUUCUUUACUUCCUUAACUCCAUGGUUUAGAGCACACUGAUUUACAGAAUUAGAGAAGUUCCUGGUCUGUACAGUGGAGCUUUGGCUGGGAGAAUCUGCCGGAGCAAAAGAAGGCAGUGGCAAAUACAGAAGGAGCAACGAGCUCAGGAAAAGAUGCAGGUGAUGCUCCUGACCAUCGUAGAGAUGUGGAAGAGAGCACCCGUUAGCCCAGCAAAGGUCAUGACACUGUUGGCUCAAUUCAGCUGUCAUUGUGCUACUGUGGGGGUAGCAUGCCUUCUAGCUGGGGAUGGUUUUAGGCAAAGAUUCUCUUAUGUGAUGAAGAUUCACCAUUUCUUUCUUGCUGCCAAGUCUUAAGAUCUCAUGUGGUACGUAAAAGGUGGUGAUGAGGUCAAGCCUUAGAAGAAAGUGGCAGCAGCAGCUGGUAUGAUCUGUUCCUUGGUCCUGGCCUGCUGCUUGGAAACACCCCUUGGUUGUAAAUUCUAUUGAUUUAACUUCAUAUGCUUUGUUAAAGGAAACUCUUUGGUACCAGUUUUUUUCCUUUGUGCUUUGAUAAUUGACACCUCAAAGGAGUCAUUUCUCUUUCCUUUCCGUGAUUGCUCUGGCCUAAGAAUGGGAACGUGACGUGUUGGGGACUGUUGACGCCACAGGUGUGGACCCUCACUUUUGUGGUUGAGUCUAUAGCAGACAGAUCUGACUUUAGGAUGGAUCUUGGCAUCUGCAACACCUCAUUGCUGCAGACCAGAGAGUGUGUUGACUGGUGUUUUAAAAGCCUGAACCAGAGAACAGGCGACCCCAGAAGGACUGUAUGACCACUGAGGGAUUUGAUUUCUAUGCCUAUAAAGUGGAGAGUUUCUAGGAUUUCUUUUCUGAGACUGAAAGGUAGAGCUGUGUUAUUUUAGGGGGUAAUUCAUUGUUCUGCAGCGCCAUGGCUUUUCAGGCAGGAAUUCAGAAGAGCAACUCACUCCAAAAAGCUGUUCAAAGGACGACAGUUCUUUCAUCUCACUUAAGCUUUUGGAAGGUGUUGGAUGAUGCUGCCCACAAAACCUUGAAUUUCUACAAACUCUUUUAAGAGUUUUAAAAGAGUAUUUAUUUCAAAAUUUCUACAUGGGGGUAAAAAGUGGUACAGAUUGUUAUCCUGAUAUUGCAGAUUGGAAGACUGAGAACAGAAGAAUAACAGCUUAUCCAGAUUUCCAUAGUCUUUGCAAGAGCAGAUUUUCCCCCUGUAAUCCAAAUUAGGACUUUUGAGCUUUAAGAAAAACAAAACUUCUUUUCCCCACCUGGUUUUUCCUUCAUGCUUAUUGCUGCUGAUUCUGCUUUGUUCCAGCCUGAGAAGAAUUGCAAGUCUUUCUGAGAAGGUCAUGUUUGGUUCCCUUUUUUCUUGGGCUAAGUGAUCACAGAUUUAAACACCAGACUCACUCAUCUGUAUAGGCCUCUCAGCUCCAGCUCAGGAAUGGCCUCGGCAAGUUUUUCCUAGAUAGAUUCCCUGUCUCCUAGUGAAACAGGAAAAUACAGAUGGUCAGUAAACAUAGGAAAGAUGCUUGAGCUCACUACUAAUAUAGAAAGGCAUCCUUACAUUAUAGGCUGCCGUUUCACAAAGGCAGAAUCAGACAGGAAUACAUUUAAAUCCAAUUAGGAGGCAGGACAAGGACAACUCACUUGCCCUCUUGUGUGAACUAUUUUGGAAAACGGUGGAAUUGUCUGGUUAAAAAGCUGUAAACCUCAAGCUGUGGACUUAAUGUUUGUCCCGCCCCUUUCAUAUGUUGAAGGCCUGCUCCACAAUGUGAUGUUAUUUGGAGAUGAGGCGCUUGGGAGGUAAUUAAGUUUAUAUGAGAUUCUAAGGGCAGAACCCCCAUGAUGGGCUUAGCGCUCUUACUAGAAGAGGAGACCUCAGCCUUACAUGUGAGGACACAGUAAGAAGGCAAGCCAGGAAGAGGGUUCAUGCAAAUCCGACCUUGCUCAUCUUGGACUUGGAGCCUCCAGAACUGUGAGGAAAAAAUGGCUUGUUCAAGAUACCCACUCUAGCAUUUUGUUGCGACAGCUGGAACUAAGACACCCAUGACCCAGUAGUUACUCUCUCUGGAAUAAUACCCUUGAGCAACUUUUAAACUAGUGGUAGCCUAUGUAGGGAAGUCAUGAGAUCAGUUCAGCGUCUGUAAACUAUCUUUUUACUUAAGGAAAUAUAACAACACAGAAGAUAACAGGAGACAGUAUUAUUACAUGAAACUUGUUAUAUACUGAUAAACAUCUACACACAAAUACUUGUGUGCAUAGGGUCAAGAUAUGCAAUAUAUUUUAUUUAUUUUUACUGUGGGUUGUAGUAAAAAAGAUAUGGAAAGCCAUGGUUCUAGAGAAACUAGUUUUAUGUGCUUAAAAAUGUUUAGUGUCACUUUCCCUAAUUUUUGGCUUAUUUCAGUGAGGGCGUUCAUCUGUAGGAUGGAUAAGCAGUGUAUUUAUUCAGCGUUUAGCCUUUAGCCACUGAGAAAAUUAAUAUAAGCAAUAUUUAUAUACUUAUAUCCCAUUAUAGCAAUGUGGAUAAACCUCAACAAUGUGGAGUAGGAAAAGAGCAAGUUGCAGAAGAUGUACUGCAUGAAGUUUAAAAAGAACAGUACAUAUAUUGACACAAGAUUGACACAUGUAGAGUAAGAAUAUAAAAACAUACGUGAGAAUAAUAAACACCAGAUUCAGAGUAAUGGUCCCCAGAGGUGGGGAGAGGUAGGGAGGGGACAGAGCUUCAACUUUCUUGGCAAAAUUUCUUAGGCUGGGUAGUGGGGACACAGAUGUAUGUUAUUCUUUGUACCUUUAAAUAUUUCAUAAUAAAAUUUAAAAAUUGUUCUGUCUCAAGUAGAACGAAUAAAAGCUCUUUAUGACAUUCCAAAUGAGAUUAGUAGAAAUGAGUAAGAUGAAGCAGAUUUCUUUUAGAUGCCCUCUACAUGUUUUGGAUAUGUCACCAAAAGUAUAAGCAGCAGCAAAAAAUAAAUUUGAUAAAUUGAACUUUUAACAAAAUUAAAUUUGUGCUUCAAAGGAUACCAUCAAGAAAGUGAAAUGACAUCCCAGGGAAUUAGGAGAAAAUAUUUGUAAAUCGUGUAUCUGAUAAGGUACUUGUGUCUAGAAUAUAAAAACUUACAACUCAAAAAAAGACCAAAAAAAAAAAAAA